AUGAAAAGGGGAGAAAAAAGUGGGAAAGGGGCCGCAGAAAAGGAAGAAAAUUUGGGGGAAAAGUUGAACAAGGUAGGGAAAAGAGGGGGACAUAACACUCCAGUAGUGCCCUUUUGGAGACUGGAGCUGCAAUUGCAAUCAACCACACCAGAAUCUAAUCACAACCCUCUUUUAGUUCCUCCUAGUACUACUCAUACUGUUAACGCCGGUCAAAAUCACGGCGGCGCCGGUGGUGGCGGCGGUGGUGUCAAAGGUAGCAUCUUUGGAAAAGUUGGCCCUUUUCAGUUUCCAGCUGUUUCUGCUAGAAAACUUGCUGCCACACUUUGGGAACUUCAUCAUUACAAGCUCCCACUUUCUGAAAUGCACCACCACCAGGGUGUUGGUAAUCCUCCUAGGAUUCGACGCCUCCACCACCGUCAACAUCAUCACCAGCUUUAUGAGGACAAUGGUGAUCUGCAACACCCUGAUCCUUCUCCUAGUUCACCUGACCUGCCUGGAAGUGCCAGCAGUUUGAGAAGGCAUGUAGCUUUGUUGAUGCAACAUCACCGACCUGUAGAGAGGGGCAAUCACGCUUUACAACCUGUUUCUCCUGCAAGUUAUGGCAGCUCCUUAGAGGUCACCCCAUAUAACCCUGCAGUUACACCUAGCAGUUCUGUAGGCUUUAAGGGAAGAAUAGGUGAACCAGGAUACAGCUUAAAAACAUCUACAGAACUUCUAAAAGUGUUGAAUCGGAUCUGGAGUCUGGAAGAACAACAUGCUUCUAAUAUAUCACUAGUAAGAGCACUGAAGAAGGAACUAGAUCAUGCACGGAUUAGGAUAAAAGAGUUGGUACGAGAUCAGCAAACCGAUCGACAUGAGAUAGAUGAACUGAUGAAGCAGAUCGCAGAGGAUAAACUAGCCAGGAAAAGCAAAGAACAGGAUCGGAUCAACGUGGCUAUUCAAUCUGCAAGAGAAGAACUGGAAGAUGAAAGGAAGCUGAGAAAACGGUCUGAAAGCCUGCACCGGAAACUAGCCCGGGAGCUAUAUGAAGUGAAAACAUCAUUUGCAACAGCUCUAAAAGAACUUGAGAAUGAGAAAAGAUCCAGAACGCUUUUGGAAGACCUUUGCGACGAGUUUGCAUGGGGAAUUAGAGAUUCUCAUAAAGAACUGCACGCUCUAAGACAGAAAUUUGACAAGGAUUCAGCUCUUGGAGCUGCUCAUGAUAGCUUAACACUUCAUAUGUCUGAAUCAUGGCUUGAUGAGAGAAUGCAGAUAAAGUUGGAACCUCAGUUUAGUUCAAGAAGCCGUACAACAGUCGUGGACAAGAUGAGGUCUGAAAUCGAGGCUUUUCUUCAAGUUAAACAAAAUGAGAAAAGUAAUGGUUAUAGUAAUCAUUUGCCACCAAGAGAUGUCCAAUUUCAUAGACAUCCUUUGGAAUCAACCCCGUUAAAUGUUGCUGUUAGUGCCCCUCAACAUGAUGACGAUGAAGAUUCAGCAAGUAGUGAUUCACAUUGCUUUGAGCUACAUAAGCCCACUGUCGACUUGAAAUCCCAAGAAAAUGUUAUUGAGGAGGACCAGAGUAAUAGCCUGACAAAACAAAGCCGAACCAAGAAGAAGCUUUCAUCUGACGACAAAGCCAAAUCUCGUGGUCCGUCCAGUUUGCAAGUGAAGCAUGAAGAGCAGAUGGCUCAUGUUGUAUCUCAUGGUGAAAGCAAAGACCUUUUCAAUGAUCUGACCCAAGGAAUACAGCAUGAAGCUAAUCCAAUGGAAAUGGGUAUUUCUAAAAAGUCAGAAACAUGCGAAGCAACAGGAGAAGGAAGUACAGUUAGGAGAAUUACAGAGGAUGAAAUUCCUGGAUCAAACUCUAAUUCCAUGAUUGACAACUUAAUUAGAAGUCACUAUUUGUUGUCGGAGAGCAUCAGUAUGCAUCCUGAACAAGAUCAUGAGCUAGCAUCUGGAGGCAGUUCAGUUUGGAGGGCGCGUGCUAGUCCAGUGCGGCAAUGGACUGAGAGACUCCCACCCCAGGAGCAUGAAAUAUCUGAGUCAUCUUCAAAACUGCCUACAGAGUUGAAGGAGAAUACUUUAAAAGCAAAGCUGAUGGAAGCAAGGACCAAGGGAACUAGGGCACGAUCACGGUUAAAAGGUUCCAAAAUUCUGUUCUAG